ACAAAAAAAGUUUACACACGAGACACGGCACACAUUAUUUACGUUAUUAUAAAAUAAAUAAUAACAAAAUAAAAUAUCCAAUUAAUUUGACAAUGUCAAUGAUUGAUGCUCAAUAUUUUUUAAAACAAUUAUUCAAUCGUUGUACAAGUGUCAAAUUACCAGCAAUGAGUUUAUCAAAAUCCCAAAAGAUUGUUAUAAUAUGCUUGGCAAGUGGAACAUUAUUGCUAAGUGGAUUAGCACAAUAUUUAAAAAGAAAACGACGACCACCACAUCCAACAAAUCGUAAAUUUACUCGUGAUUUGAGACAACGUUUAUUAAGUGCUAAACCAUCAAAUUUUGAUGCAGUGUCACAAGUAUCCUGGGCAAAAAGAAGUGAGGCAAGUUCUAGGAGUCAUGUCAGUGACAGAGCCAGUCUUGCUUCAUCAAUAUCUGGAGGACCUGAUGGUGAUGUAAGACUGACACCACAACAAUAUGGCGUUUUAGGUCUUGAAGCAUUGGAAAAAGCAUUAUAUUGUUGGGAAGAUGCAUUAACAGCAUUCAGUUGUGCACUUGGUACCAAUGCACUUGCAUUACCAUCAAAAGCCGAUGCUGCAUUUACUCGUGAUGUACAAGAACUUCUCGACCUUGGUUAUCAAAUUCAAAGUACUGCAGAGUUACUAUUUAUUGAUCAGCACUCGGUAUUAUUUUGCAAUGACAGCGAUGGAAGUGAAGCAAGUUAUAAGAGAGCUUCAACAGCAAGAUCUGGCAAAGAAAAGGAUAAAGCUGACGCAGCUUCGUCACCUGAGUCUUUUGCUUCAGCAAAGGAUGGAGUCGCAGACCUCAAGGAGUUUGAAGAAUUCUCAGAAUUUUUUCCACACUUUGAAAAACAAAAAUUAUAUCAUACUGCAUUGCAAUUACAUGAAGAUCAAGGUAUUGAAUGUAGAAAAUUACACAGUGAAAUGGUUAGAUGUGGUUCAGAUGUUGAAUAUUUAGCUAAGGUACAUUGUUUGAGACAAGCAUAUUCAAGAUUAUUUAGUUUACCUGGUACUGCUAAUUGGAUAUCUGAUAUUGGUCGUCAAGUUAUAAGUGAUCUUAUUAUAUUUGCUGAUCGUGAUCCAAAAGAUUUUAUUACUGCUUAUGAUAAAAUGUUAAUAUUUCUUGCUGAUACUAAUAAUCAAAAAGUCAUGCAAGAAGAACUUGGUGGUCGUGGUGUUAAAUGUAUGAAUUUUUAUGAUGUUCUUAUUGAUUUUAUGCUUCUUGAUGCAUUUGAUGAAGUUGAAAGACCACCAACAUCAAUCAAAGCUAUUCUACAAAAUCGUUGGAUAUCUGCCAGUUUUCGUGAAACUGCAAUUGGAACAGCUGUUUGGUCAGUAUUAAUGGGAAAACGUCAAAUGUUAAAAUAUAAUAAUGGAUUUUUAUCACAUUUUUAUUCAAUAUCUGAACAAAUAUCACCAGUACUUGUAUGGGGUUUUCUUGGUCCAGAUGGAAAUUUAAAAACAACUUGUACAUAUUUUAGAGAUCAAAUUAUUGAAUUUUUAAUUGAUAUAUUUAAUUUUUUUAAAGUUAGAUAUACUAAUGUUGAUAAUCUUGCUGAAGAUAUACUAAAUGAAAUGAGAAUUAGAGUUGAAAAUAUUAAUCAACGUCUUUCACUAGAAGGUUGUUAGUAUAAUUAUUUAUUAUAUAAAGUAGAAAACGUAAUUAAAAUAACACACAAAAAGGGAAUUUUUUAUAAACUAAUUCUUGAUAAAUUAAAUCACAAAAUUUUGAUAUAUCAUGCACUUGUCUUUUGUACAAUUAAUCUUUGUGUUUUUUAUUUUUUAAACACAAUUUUUUUUUUUAUUCAACUGGAUUAUUUAUUAAUUGAUUAAGUAUUUAUUAUUAUUUUUUUUCUCAUUUGACAGUGAUAAGUUUAUUUAAUUAUUGUCUUUGUAUAUAUCCAUGUACAGAAUUAAUAGUAAAAAUAAUUUCAAUACAAACAA